GUCUGGGCCAUCCCCCGGCCGAGUCGCACCUGGCCGCGCGGCCGAGGAGCAAGCGAUGUUCCUGCAACAGCUGGCUGGAUAAGGAAUGCAUCUACUUCUGUCACCUGGACAUCAUCUGGGUCAACACACCUGGGCACACCGCUCCCUACGGCUUGGGCAGCCCGCCAAGGCGGCGCAAGAGGUCGGCGGGCAGGUGCGAGUGUGCGCACUCCAGGGACAGCAUCUGUGCCACCUUCUGCCACGGCAGGCCUGGGUACCUCCAGAGUCUGAAGCUCCCCGUGAGCUCUGGGACAUCAGCGAGGUCUCUGCAGAGCGGUGCCACAAGGCCUUCCCAUCAUGGGCUGCUGAGAGCUCUCAGGGACCUCAGGGUCUCCAGCCCACGCUCCAGCAAACGCCAGCAGCGCUCGCAGAGGGACACACAACCACCAGCUCUGCCUUGGGAAAGAAACAUCUGGAAGAAGAAAAGAUAAGAGACAGGAGCACACCAAGCUCACCAGAAGAAUUUGGAGUCCUGUGGGUGCCACCAGCUCUGCUGUCAGUUGUUAGAGCUGAAGGGAAGGCCGUGAGUGGAAGAGAAGGAGGUGGAAGUCUCCGUGUUCUUGCUGCAUGAACCAGCGCUCAAGGGACUGCUGCAAAGGGAAAAACUGUCUGUCCGUCCAGUCAGAGAAGUGUCCUGGAGCUGAAUUGUGCCUUUUGGGAUCAGGCGAGGGUCGUGCUGGAGUAGCACUGACGGGACUGUGCCCUGGAGUCCUCAGCAAGGGCUCAGCCAGGGGAACAGGGCUGGACCAGGGGCUCAGCCAGGGGUUUUGGGCAGAGCUGGACCAGGCAGCACUGAGCCCAUCACUGCCCUGAGUUCUGGAGCUGUCCAAGCCUGGCCCAUCCAGAGGGGUUUGCUGCUUGCUGCAGUCAGGGAUGAGCUGCCUCCAGCCUGAGCCCACCUUUGCACUAUUUUCUCCUGUCAGUGCCCAUGGCCGAGGCUCCCGUGGUGGAACAGCUCCCAGUUUGUUGUGGGAGCUGUUUAGAGUUUAUUUCAUUAUCCCCUGGGGCCAGCUCAGCGGUCAGGGGCGCUUGCUCAGUGGCUGAGAAAUCCCUGGGGUGGAUUCCCACCGAGGCCCUGGUUGUGGCUGAGGGGCAGGAUCAGCUUCCCCAGGGAUGGCACCAAACCCAGCUGGGGCUCAGGGGCAGGAUCAGACACCCCAGGGAUGGCACCAAACCCAGCUGGGGCUCAGGGGGGCUGAGCUUGUGCAGGAGCCCCCACAGGCAGGGCAGGGUGAGCAGAGCCCUGGGGUGGGUCACAGACCCCUCUCAUCUCCUUGGACAUGCUCUCAGUGAGGAUCUGCAGCUCCUGAAUAUCCCAACCUCCUCCCAGCUGGAGAGGGCACACAAAGCCUGGCCUGGCUCUGCUCUGAGCCAGCUCUGCACAGUAAAUGAGCAGUGAGGGCCAGCAGGUCACUGUGGGGAGGGGAAUGCAGCCAGGUGGGAAUGAAGAGGCGGGAAGGACUGGUUGGAACAGGGGCUGGGUGAUCUUUAAGGUCCCUUCCAACCCAAGCCCUGUGAUUCUGUAAGGGAGCACAGCCCUGCCUGAGUCAGGCUCAGGUUUAAACCCAGCUCUGCUGGCCCAGGGGAGGGAAGGAAACAUUUGGGACAAACACUGAGUGCAGAGCCUGGAAACCAAGCUGGCAGGCAAAGGCAGCCCUGGAGCUGUGUCACAAAUGCACUUUUGUUUGCCUGGGCAGACUGAGCUCUGCAGGAGCCAGGGCUGUCACCUGGGCAGGGCAGGUACAGAGCUGCUCUCCAUUCUGGGUCCCUCUGCUGCCCGGGACUGCACAGAAGCUUUGGAGAGGCUGCUUGAAGUUGGUGGUGGACCAAAACCUGUGGCUGUGGCAAGUGUAGUCCCAAUGGACAAGAAAAAGAAUUCCUUGAUUUUGCUUUAAGCCCCAGAGAGGGGAGAAAUAAGACCAAUUGAUUGUAUUGUGGAUGAAAGAGCAGAUGAAUCAUUUGGUCCCCAAUGCUGCAGAGAAUCUGUUUCUAUCUUUGACCUUCUGAAGGUUGGAGUCAUUCUAAAAAAAAACCAAAAGAAGAAAAUCCUGAAAGGGUUUGUUCCAGAGGAAAUUUUGCACAUGGUUUAAUGUGAGUAAUUUAAAAUAAAACUACUGCUGUAAAGUACUCUGUCAAUCUCCUCAUGUGUGUAAUGUCCCACCCACCCUGAGUGACUUACUGCACACCUGCCAAAUGUAGCAUCCUGAAAUCUGUAUAUUUAUUUAAAUCUAUUGAUUUUUUUUAGGCAGUGAUUUUCAUCGUAUAAUUUGUAAUAAAUAA